AUUUUCGACUCACGCACUGCCAACAUAAAUUAAUUUGCACCUACAUAUGUGUGUAACUUUAUUUUAGCUCUCGCUACACACGGAUUAUAUAUAGUGAUCGGAAAGUAAAAUGUCACGGUUACACGCCAUGCCCAUAAAACAAGACAAAACCAUAGUUGAGUUGCACAAAGCUAAGAAGUUUGUGGCCGACUCUCUAUCCUCGGUUUAUGCCAGUCACACAAAAGUAGCACCAAACGGUCUAUUGAGCACUUAUUCUGUAAGUGGAAUCGAGGAUCGACACCUUACAGCUUCUCCCGAUUUACCGAGCCUUUUGGAACGCAGUUCCAAGUCUGAGAACAAGGAUCUAUAUGAUCUAUGCCUACUUCUGUUGGACAAAGAAGGCUAUGAGAGUGACUGUUCAGGGGGAAACAGGAGGAUCCCACGUCAACCCAAUGGCCAGGAUUCAGACAAGGCAAGGGCCUAUAUACGCAAUCAAGUGAAGCAGCAGCAAACAGCAAAGGAAGUCGAUGAAAAUCAAGGUGGUAACUGGAAAAGAAGCCCAUCUAUUCCUAAUAUGGGAGGCUUCAGAAAGAAAAAUAUUGUCAAGUCCAAGCUUAAGAAACAAAAUAGGGAAUGCACUGAAAAGAUAGUCGUACCUCUAAUCUCGAAACCUUAUCGUAAGUUAAGUCGCCAAAUUCCAGAAAGCAAUGUCACGCUCUGUGCCGAACCAGUCAUCACAGCUACGAAGCAGCCCAAAAUCCAAGAAAAAUUUCGAAAAAUGGUGAAUAGCGCACAAAAGGUUGCAGUCCAACCACAGUUGGAAGAGCCCGCUGAGAAACCCUUUCGAUAUUCCGAAAACCCAAAAAAAACCUUAAGAGCAGUCCUUGAACAAGUCGAGGGCAGAACAGUUCGGAAACAAUUGAUAGGACCAGAAUGGAAACCCGAUAUUCUAUCCACAAAGGAUUCAAAGGAAACUGCUGAAAAUAAAAACAUUAUCAAAAUACUAAGUGACUGGCCCUCCGAUCAGAUACAUAUUGUAUUAAAAUUCAUCGAUGAUCACCACACUUAUAGCCUACUCUUGCUGCUGGCCACCUUAGUUUACUUGGCCUAUAUCCUGUGCUACGAUGUUAGCGAACAUAUAAACGAGGAACGGCGAUAUCUGGCCAAGAUGAACAACUCGGCUGUGCCGAUGAAGUGUUUUUACUACCUGAUGCGACUGCUGAGGGUCCCCAUAUUCUGAUGGGCGAGGGAAAUGAAGGUUUUAAUCAAACAGUCUGCAUUUCGAUAAUAAAACGGCGCACUGUUAUUCAGUUCUA